CAAAAGCCAUUGCAAGAAAUUAAAGCAGCAACCAAACAACAACAACGUACCAGAAAAAAGGCGAAAAGAAAAUUCUCUCAACUAUAGUAAUGGCUGGCUUAUCAUCGAUGACGAGAAGCGCGGCGUUCUGCCUCUCUCGGGCUUUCCCGAGAAACCAACCGUCUGCAAACUCCGGCCUCUUCCUCCGCCGCCGCGUCUCCUUCUCCUCCGCCGCCUCCAAAUCCAAUACUUACAACGAGGGCUGGAACGCGGCGGACCAUGACAAGAACCGGGACAAGGCUGAGAAGGCCAAGGACCGGGCCGACGACCUGACCGGGAAGGCCAAGGACCGGGCCGAGGAAAUGAAGGGCAGCGCCAAGGACUACGCCCGCGACACCAAGGAGACCGCGAAGGAGGCGUCUCGCGCAGCGGCCGAGAAGGCGAAGGAAGGCGCGUACAAGGCGGGCGAGGCGGCGGAAGGCACGAAGGAGCGGGCGAAGGAGUACGCUUACGAGGCGAAGGAGAAGGCGAAGGAAGGCGCCAACAAGGCCGCGGAGGCGGCUGAGGGAACGAAGGAGCGGGCGAAGGACUACGCCUACGAGGCCAAGGAGCGGGCGAAGGAAGGCGGGGAGAGGGCGAAGGAGACGGCGUACGAGGCGAAGGAGCGUGCGAAGGGGACAGCGGAGAGCGUCGGGGAGAAGGCGAAGGAGACGGUGAAGGGGGUGUGGGAGGCGGCGAAGGACACGACGAACAAGAUCAAGGAGACGGUGGUCGGGAAGGGGGAUGAUGAGGAUGGUGAUUUGAAGAGGAGUAGUGAGGAUGAUAAGAGAGGGUGGAAGACUAUGGACGGUGACGUGGUGGACAUGAGGAGGCGGGCCGGCGGCGAGGCCAAGAACAAUAGGGAUUUCUGAUGGGCUUGGCCGUUUGAAUGUUGUGGUUUUGGGUUUCAAGGGUUUGGAUGGGCUUUUUGGGAGGGGGAUUUGAAUAACAUGGUGAGUGGUUGGGUAAAUGUUAGUGGCGGUUUGCCGGGCCACACCCUUCAAUAAUGUGUAAUGGUUUGGGCAAACGGAAGAUGGAGAAGUCUUGUUAUUUUGCUUAUUUCAUGAGAUCUUCAAUCAAGUGUUUGUAUCUUGUUUUACUGCGUAGUGC